AUGGGCGACCCCGGAACGACCGCGACGACGAUGACUGCGCCGCAACAUUCGCGAUUGGCACACGACGACCCGCUGGCACUGCACGAGUACGGCCUUUCCGAGCUCCGAGAGUCGAUGGCGUCCUUCUCCGACUAUCCCAUGGCGUUCGGACAAAACCAAGGCUUCGGCAACGGUUACGAUCGAUCGCCUACGAACAUUCAGACGAGCCUGCCGAACCACCGGGGGAGUAUUGUGGACAUGGAGGAAGGAAACAUGAGCGGGGGCAGCGCCCAUCCACACAGGCUCAGCAUUGACCUGGGCCGCGAAGGCAAUCACACGAGCCCGGAAAGCGCGGCUGGAUUGGGGAUGCUGCUGGGGGACAACAUGGACGACGGAUCGCUGGCAAUGAAGCUGGAAGACGGCAUGCUGAGGGAGGGCGCGGAUGGCAUGAAAGACAAGGGCGACGGCGACCCUCCGGCGUGGAGCGAGAUGAAGACGAAGGCAGGAAAGGAAAGGAAGAGGCUGCCGUUGGCGUGCAUUGCGUGUCGGCGGAAGAAGAUCCGGUGUUCGGGCGAGAAGCCGGCGUGCAAGCACUGUUUGAGAAGUCGCAUCCCGUGUGUUUACAAGGUCACCACGAGAAAGGCGGCACCCAGGACCGACUACAUGGCCAUGCUCGACAAGCGGCUGCGGCGCAUGGAGGAUCGCGUCAUCAAGCUCAUCCCCAAAGAAAGCCUACCUUCGAUCGCCGGCGUCGGGCGUUCCGUCGUCAAACCUGCGCUGCCAGGAGCGCCGCCGAAGACACCCACCGCGAACAAGAAACGAGGCGCCGAAGAAGCUUUCGGCAAUGAUCUGGACGAGUGGGCAAAGUCAAAGUCGGCCAAUCCUGACGCCUCAGGCUCAGCCUCAAGGAACAAGGAAUCGGACGAUACCAGUCUGCUCACCGAGGGCCUUGAGAGUCUGCCACCGAAAGAGAUCCAAGAGCAUCUGGCCGAGGUCUACUUCGACUAUGUCUACGGACAAAGCUACCCACUUCUGCACAAGCCUAGCUUUAUGCGGCGACUCGCAAAAGGCGACGUGCCCCCCGUACUCAUCUUGGCCAUCUGCGCGAUAUCCGCGCGCUUCUCGACACAUCCGCAGCUGCGAUCGGAGCCUUGCUUUCUUCGCGGCGACAACUGGGGCGAGAAAGCGCGAGAGAUAGCGCUCAAACGCUUCGACGCUCCCAACAUCACCAUCCUCAUCGUCUAUCUACUUCUCGGUUUACACGAAUUUGGGACAUGUCAAGGUGGAAGGAGUUGGAUGUUUGGCGGCAUGGCUCAGAGGAUGGCGUAUGCGCUGCAACUGCACAAGGAACUCGAGUACGAUCCAAGCGUCACCGAAGCCGAACGCAAGCCCCUCAGUCUUACCGACCGCGAGAUUCGACGGCGCACAAUGUGGUCUUGUUUCCUUAUGGAUCGCUUCAACUCCUCCGGCACAGAUCGACCGUUGUUCGUGCACGAGCAGUACAUCGAGGUCCAGCUGCCUGUUAAAGAGCAUUUGUACGUGCAUGAGAUACAAGCACCGACAGAAAACCUCGACGGCAACGUCCCGAACCCUGUAGCGGAGGACAGCGGACAGCUCUCAGACCCACGCGAGAAUAUGGGAGUCACCGCUUACACCAUCCGGCUCGUGUGUAUAUGGGGAAAGCUCGUCAAAUACAUGAACCUGGGCGGAAAAGAACGCGAACCCGAGCCUAUGUGGUCCGCCAAGUCCACCUUCCACAACAUCAAGAAAGAGGCCAAGGAAUUCAAGGAAGCUUUGCCAGAAAUGCUGGUUUACAGCCCCGAAAACCUGAAGAGCCAUGCAAUAGGCCGAACCGCAAACUCUUACCUUUACCUACACAUCCUCUACCAACAGAUCAUACUGUUCCUGCAUCGAUUCUCACUGCCUUCGCGGGCUGGCAGUCGACCACCGAAGGAGAUGCCCCACGAUUUCCUUACUGAAUCUGCGCGCACCGCAUUAGACGCGGCGAAUCAGAUAUCUAUUCUCAUCAACGAAGCAAUGGACCACAACGUGGUUGCGCCGUUCGCUGGCUACUCUGCUUUCUUUUCCUCUACCGUCCAUGUCCACGGUGUAUUUUCGAAGAAUCCGAAGCUCGAAGCGCAAUCGAAGAAGUAUCUCGCAUACAACGUCAAGUACCUAAGCAAGAUGAAGAAGUACUGGGGCAUGUUCCACUAUAUCGCGGAGAACCUAAAAGAGCUAUACCGCCAACACGCAGAUGCGCAGCUCAAAGGCCCAAGUGCUGCGGGCGAUAAGAGCAAGGCCGUCAUCUUCCAGUACGGUGACUGGUUCGACAGAUAUCCGCACGGCGUGUCCAAGACAGACUACGAAGACGCUGUCCAACCAAACACCAACGAGCCAGGCACCGAUGCAGUACUCGGCCAAAAGAGCGACCUGCAAAGCGUAGAAGAAUUCUUCGCCUCCCUAUCACCACCAACCCGCGAGACCCAACGCAAGCAAGCCCGCAAAAACAAGUCGAAAUCAGUCUCCAAAUCUGACGCUCCCAACACGAACCACGCCUCCGCUGCCCAGCAAGCACAACACCGCGGCCACCCAUUACACCCGACUCAACUCCACCAACAAAUGGGCAAUAUCAAUAUCAACCCCCAAGACGCCAUCGACGCCUUCGACCCCGCCUACUUCGCACAAGCAAGCGCCCAACAGUACAUGCAAGACUACCCGCACGCGCCGCACAACCUCGCCCUGCUCAACACCUCGCCCACAAGCAUGAUCCACCCCGGCCAGCAAAUGGACCUCUCGCCCUUCCCGGAACUCACGCCGCACCCUAGCAACGCCUCCUUCUGGGGGCUCGACCACUCGGGCAUGGGCAACGGGUUCUUCGACCCCGGAAACGCCGGCUGGUUUCUGCCGUUCAAUGUUGAGCCCCCCGUGCUUGGAGAUGACGGCGGGAUGUUCAGCGCUGAGGCGUUUAACUUUGGGCUUGGGGUCGGGACGCCCGUGGAGAUGGGGAUUAAUGGAGGGGGACAGAGGCAGAGUGUGGGUCGGGCGCAUGGGCCGUCCGGGCUGGACGGGUUGGAUGGGUUGGAUGGGGCGGGCAAUAAUAUGGGAGGGCGCGGGGUGGUGGCUUUACGAUGGCAUGAUUUGGAGUAUAUAUACUUGAGGGACUUGUGGGUUGGAAGUUUGCUUGAGCGUUUGGUAAGCGGGUGUAUGGGUUGGGCUGGGUGUAUAGUAGGGUAG